AGCGGCUGUGCGGCACCCAUCCUGUCCCAACCUCCACUCCGAGCGGCUGGAGGGUCCUGCGGAUCAGCGCGCUGACACAUUGCUCUUCACUCCGGGGAGGGGCACCAGCGACACGUCGGACAGUGGAGCGGGACCAGGCGCCUGCCAACACAGAGUUUACCUGCCGUGCCUGCUGCUGAAAACAAGCCACCAUGACGGAUGCAGAUAAGUACCUGUAUGGGGACCGCAGUGGCAUCAACGACCCUCUGGCCCAGGCUGACUGGGCCUCCAAGAAGCUGGUGUGGGUCCCCAGUGAGAAGCAGGGCUUUGAGGCCGGCUCGGUCAAAGAGGAGAAGGGAGACGAAUGUCUGGUGGAGCUGGCCGACUCUGGCAAGAAGGUGAAGGUGAACAAGGAUGACAUCCAGAAAAUGAACCCCCCCAAAUACAAUAAGGUGGAGGACAUGGCCGAGCUCACCUGCCUGAACGAGGCCUCCGUCCUGCACAACCUCAAGGACCGAUACUACUCCGGACUCAUCUAUACGUACUCGGGUCUCUUCUGCGUUGUGAUCAACCCCUACAAGUACCUGCCCAUCUACAGCGAGGAAAUUGUUGACAUGUACAAGGGCAAGAAGAGGCACGAGAUGCCCCCCCAUAUCUACUCUAUCACUGACACCGCCUACAGGAGCAUGAUGCAGGAUCGCGAGGACCAGUCCAUCCUUUGCACUGGGGAGUCAGGAGCUGGGAAAACGGAGAAUACGAAGAAGGUCAUUCAGUAUCUUGCACAUGUUGCUUCAUCCUCUAAGUCCAAGAAAGACCAGGGCAGUGCUGUGUUGUCACAUGGGGAGCUGGAAAAACAGCUGCUGCAGGCCAACCCCAUCCUGGAGGCCUUUGGCAAUGCAAAGACCGUCAAGAACGACAACUCCUCCAGAUUUGGAAAAUUUAUCAGAAUCAACUUUGACGUCAACGGUUACAUCGUUGGAGCCAACAUUGAAACUUAUCUGCUGGAGAAGUCUCGAGCCAUCAGACAAGCUAAAGACGAGAGGGCCUUCCACAUCUUCUACUACAUGCUGACAGGAGCAGGAGACAAAAUGCGCUCUGAGUUGUGUCUGGAGGAUUACAGCAAGUACCGUUUCCUGUCCAACGGAAACAUGACCAUUCCUGGGCAGACGGACAAGGAAAUGUUCCUGGAAACUAUGGAGGCCUUUAAGAUCAUGAGCAUCCCUGAAGAGGAAAUAACUGGUCUGCUGAAGAUUAUCUCCAGUGUGCUGCAGCUGGGGAACAUGGUGUUCAAGAAGGAGCGUAACUCCGACCAGGCGUCCAUGCCUGAUAACACGGCCGCCCAGAAGGUCUCCCACCUGCUGGGCAUCAAUGUGACGGACUUCACUCGAGCCAUCUUGUCUCCCAGAAUCAAGGUCGGUAGGGACUAUGUUCAGAAGGCGCAGACCCAGGAGCAGGCAGAGUUCGCCGUUGAGGCUCUGGCCAAAGCUUCGUAUGAGAGGAUGUUCCGCUGGUUGGUGAUGAGGAUCAACAAGGCUCUGGACAAGACCAAGAGACAGGGAGCAUCCUUCAUCGGCAUCCUGGACAUUGCUGGCUUUGAGAUCUUUGAGCUGAACUCGUUUGAGCAGCUCUGCAUCAACUACACCAACGAGAAGCUGCAGCAGCUCUUCAACCACACCAUGUUCAUCCUGGAGCAGGAGGAGUACCAGAGGGAGGGCAUCGAGUGGAGCUUCAUCGACUUCGGCUUGGACCUGCAGCCCUGCAUUGACCUCAUUGAAAAACACUCCAGUCCUCCAGGCAUCCUGGCUCUGCUGGACGAGGAGUGCUGGUUCCCUAAAGCCACCGACAAGACGUUUGUGGAGAAACUGGCCCAGGAGCAGGGAACUCACCCAAAGUUCGUUAAACCCAAGAAGCUCAAGGAUGAUGCCGAUUUCUGUGUCAUUCACUACGCAGGAAAGGUGGAUUACAAGGCAAAUGAGUGGCUGAUGAAAAACAUGGACCCCCUGAAUGAGUGUGUGGCCACUCUGCUAAACCAGUCCACCGACAAGUUUACUGCUGACCUGUGGAGAGACGUGAACCACAUCGUUGGUCUGGAUAAGGUGGCAGGAAUGUCUGACUCCGGCCCCUUCAAGACCCGUAAAGGCAUGUUCCGCACUGUAGGCCAGCUGUACAAGGAGCAGCUGGGGAACCUCAUGACCACGCUCCGAAACACCAACCCCAACUUUGUGCGCUGCAUCAUUCCCAACCAUGAGAAGAAGGCUGGUAAACUGGACCCUCACUUGGUUCUGGAGCAGCUGAGGUGUAAUGGAGUCUUGGAGGGAAUUCGCAUCUGCAGACAGGGCUUCCCUAACCGCAUCGUCUUCCAGGAGUUCAGACAGAGAUAUGAAAUCCUCACUCCCAAUGCCAUUCCAAAGGGGUUCAUGGAUGGCAAGCAAGCCUGUGAGCUCAUGAUCAAAGCCUUAGAGCUGGAACCCAACCUGUACCGCAUCGGCCAAAGUAAAGUGUUCUUCAGAGCUGGACUCUUGGCCCAUCUGGAGGAGGAGAGGGACCUGAAGGUCACCGAUGUGAUCAUGAGCUUCCAGGCCUGGUGCAGAGGAUAUGUAGCCCGGAAAGCCUUUGCUAAGAGACAGCAGCAGCUGACCGCCAUGAAAGUCAUCCAGCGCAACUGUGCUGCUUACCUCAAACUCAGGAAUUGGCAAUGGUGGAGGCUUUUCACCAAGGUGAAGCCUCUGCUGCAGGUGUCUCGGCAGGAGGAGGAGAUGCUCGCUAAGGAGGAAGAGCUGCUCAAGGUCAAGGAGAAACAAAUCCAAGCUGAGGAGCAGCUCAAAGAAUAUGAGGCCAAGCAGCAGCAGCUCAGUGCAGAGAAGCAGGCCCUUCAGGAGCAGCUGCAGGCGGAGACGGAACUUUGCGCCGAGGCUGAGGAGAUGAGAUCCCGUCUGGCCACCAGGAAGCAGGAGCUGGAGGAGAUGCUGCACGACCUGGAGUCCCGGCUGGAGGAAGAGGAGGAGCGGGUCACUCAGAUGCUAACGGAGAAAAAAAAGAUGCAGCAGAACAUCACGGACCUGGAGCAGCAGCUAGACGAGGAGGAGGGAGCCCGACAGAAGCUUCAGAUGGAGAAGGUCACCACCGACGCUAAACUGAAGCAGCUAGAGGAGGACGUCAUGAUUCUGGAUGACCAGAACAGCAAGCUCAACAAGGAAAAGAAGCUGCUUGAGGAGAGGAUCUCAGAGUUUACCCUCAAUUUAGCUGAGGAGGAGGAGAAGUCCAAAAGCUUGCAGAAGCUCAAGAAUAAACAUGAAACCAUGAUCACUGACUUAGAAGAUCGUUUGAGAAAAGAGGAGAAGAUGCGUCAGGAGCUGGAGAAAAACCGCCGUAAACUUGAGGGAGACUCCACCGAGCUGCAUGACCAGAUUGCAGACCUGGAGGCCCAAAUCGCCGAGCUCCGGGCUCAGCUGGCGAAGAAGGAGGAGGAACUCCUCGCUGCAUUAGCCAGGAUUGAGGAGGAGGCUGCAGCGAAGAACACGGCCCAGAAGAAGAUCCGAGAGCUGGAGGCGCAGAUCUCUGAGCUGCAGGAGGACCUGGAGCUGGAGAGGCAGGCGCGAGGCAAGGCGGAGAAGCAACGCAGGGACCUGGGCGAGGAGCUGGAGGCCCUCAAGACUGAGCUGGAGGACACGCUGGACUCCACUGCAGCACAUGUUGAGCUGAGGGCGAAGCGUGAGAGUGAAGUUGCUCAGCUGAAGAAGACUCUGGAGGAAGAGGCCCAGGCUCAUGAGCAGCAGAUGGCCGACAUGAGACAAAAACACAACCAGGCAUUUGAUGAGCUCAACGAACAACUGGAUCAGGCCAAGAGGAGCAAGAUGUCCGUAGAGAAAGCCAAGCAGGCCCUGGAGAGUGAGUGGAAUGAGCUGAAAAUCGAAGUGCAGAGUCUGACCCAAGGCAAAGGAGACUCUGAGCACCGCCGCAAGAAGGCUGAAGCUCAGGUCCAAGAGCUGCAGAUCAAGUUUGGAGAAAGUGAGCGACAGAGGCAGGAGCUCUCUGAUAAGAUGACCAAGAUGCAGGCCGAGCUAGACAGCGUCAACGGUCUUCUGAGUCAAGCAGAAGGCAAGAACAUCAAAUCCAGCAAAGACCUGUCUACUGUGGAGUCUCAGCUGCAGGACACACAGGAGCUGCUCCAGGAGGAGACUCGUCAGAAACUCUCCCUCACCUCCCGCCUGAAGCAGAUGGAGGAUGAACAGAAUUCCCUGCGGGAGAUGCUGGAGGAAGAGGAGGAGAGCAAGAAGAAUGUAGAGAAGCAGGUUGCUGCUCUGCAGACCCAGCUGGCUGAUAUGAAGAAGAAGGUGGAACAAGAGGCCAUAUCGCUGGAGGGGGCAGAGGAGAGCCGCAAGAAGCUCCAGAGGGAUAUGGACGAAAUCAUGCAGCAGCUGGAGGAGAAGACGGCAGCCUAUGACAAGCUGGACAAGACAAAGACCCGUCUGCAGCAGGAGCUGGACGAUCUGCUGGUGGACCAGGACCAUCUGAGGCAGCUCGUCUCCAACCUGGAGAGGAAACAGAGGAAGUUUGAUCAGAUGUUGGCGGAGGAGAAAGCGAUUUCCACCCAGUACGCCGAGGAGCGGGACAAAGCCGAGGCUGAAGCCAGGGAGAAGGAGACGCGAGCGCUUAACCUGGCCCGCGAGCUCGAGACCAUGACUGGCCUGAAGGAAGAGCUGGACCGCACCAACAAACAGCUGAAAGCUGAGAUGGAGGAUCUGGUCUCUUCUAAGGAUGAUGUCGGCAAGAACGUCCACGAGCUGGAGAGGUCAAAGCGGGCCAUGGACCAGCAGCUGGAGGAGAUGCGGCUCCAGCUGGAGGAGCUGGAGGACGAGCUGCAGCUCACAGAGGACGCCAAGCUGCGUCUGGAGGUCAACAUGCAGGCCAUGAAGGCUCAGUUUGACCGAGACCUGCAGGGCCGAGACGAGCAGGGAGAGGAGAGAAGGAAGCAGCUCGUUAAACAGGUGCGUGAGAUGGAGCUUGAGCUGGAGGAUGAACGCAGACAGCGUUCUCAGGCCCUCUCCUCCAAGAAGAAGCUUGAGCUGGACCUGGCAGACCUGGAGGCACAGAUUGAUUCAGCAAACAAAGGACGCGAUGAUGCUCUGAAGCAGCUGAAGAAACUCCAGGCUCAGAUGAAAGACCUAUUGAGGGAGUUGGAAGAGCUGCGCUUGGCCAAGGAUGAAGCUGUCAACGAGGCCAAAGAGACCGAGAGGAAGCUGAAGUCUGCUGAGGCAGACGCCCUGCGCUUCCAGGAGGAACUGGCCACAGCAGACAGGCUGAAGAAACAGGUUCAGAGUGAGAGGGAUGAGCUCCAGGAGGAGGUCACCAGCAGCAACACAAAGAAUUCUUUGCUAACAGAUGAGAAGAGGAGGCUGGAAGCUCGCAUCACCCAGCUGGAGGAAGAGCUUGAUGAAGAACAUCUGAACACAGAGAUGGUUAAUGAUCGUCUGAAGAGAACUGUGAUGCAGACUGAUCAGCUGACCACAGAGCUGUCUUCAGAGCGCAGCAAUUCCCAGCGACUGGAGGGCGCUCGCUCCCAGCUCGACCGCCAGAACAAGGAGCUGAAGAUCAAACUGCAGGAGCUUGAAGUCACCAUCAAGUCAAAGUACAAGUCCUCCAUCACCACACUGGAGGCCAGGAUCGCUCAGCUGGAAGAGCAGCUGGAUGUGGAGUCAAAGGAGCGUCAGCAGGCCUCCAGGCUGGUCAGGAAGACGGAGAAAAAAUUCAAAGAGGUGAUGUUGCAGGUUGAUGAUGAGCGACGCAACACAGAGCAAUACAAAGAUCAGUUGGACAAGACGAACACCCGAAUGCGGCAGCUGAAGCGGCAGCUGGAGGAAACUGAGGAGGAGCUGACGAGGGCCAAUGUUUACCGCAGGAAGCUGCAGAGAGACCUGGAUGAUGCCACCGAGUCAGCUGAUGCAAUGAACCGUGAAGUCAGCACUCUGAAGAGCAAGCUCAGACGGGGAGAUCUGCCUUUCAAUACGCGGCUCGGUUUGACCCGCACAGGUCUAGAGAGCGACGAGGACUUCGAGUUGACAGCCGAGCCUUCUGAGCCCGCAGCUGAGUGAGCCGACCCGGAGAGCCAAAAGAGGAACUGAGAUGACUGCAGAUAGCAUUAAAUGUUAGCCUUACAUGAACCUUUUACAUGCAAAUCCUUUGGCCAAAAUAUCUCUGAAAAUAUGCAGUGUGUUUUUUUUAAAGAAACGUUUACCAUACAUUUCCUGCCUAUUUUUCUACUUAAAGGAUAUAUUAUACUGUUUAAAUGUAGUGCUAUUGACGUGACAUCUAAACUUCGUUUUGCACUUUCUCCUUUCCUGGAGUUAAUAAUGCAUUUAUAGUCACGCGUACUCUUUGUACUGUAGUUCUGUCUGUUAUUACAUGAAAUGACACGGUGACAAACACACAGGAUUAGAAAAAAUGUUCGUUCCCAUUAUUGAACUGUUAAUGACACAUUUUGUACUGUCAUCUGCUUGGAUGCUAUAUUGUCCCACUGGUUGCUUUUUAUUUUCACACUUAUCAAGUAUUGGUGAUGGGUCAUUUAAUAGCUUCUGUUUUCCCUAAUAACAGACAGGGUUUCUGCCAGUACUUUUGUCUCCUAAUUCAAACUGCAGCAUAUUUUUGUAUGCCCUGCCACUGUAUUUUCAGACGGGUUAUUGAUUUGCAUGUUGAUCCUACAGUUGUAAGGCUAAUCUAUUUUAUAAAAUUCCUUGAUUCAAUAAAGUAAAAAAAUGCAUUGAUACCCUU